UUUUAUACCAUUUGGCUCAAAGCUUAGCUUUGCUCACUUGUAUUUGCUGUUGCAUACAGUACUGCAAUCGUAUAAUGGCGGCCACCAUGUGUCAAGUGAUGGGAUUCAUCCUGGGCCUUCUGGGGAUUGCGGGUGUCAUCGCUUCCACAGUGAUGGACCAGUGGAGCACCCAGGACCUGUACGAUAACCCAGUAACAUCUGUCUACAACUACAGGGGUCUCUGGCGGUCCUGCGUCCGACAGAGCUCUGGCUUUACAGAGUGCCGACCUUACUUUACCAUUCUCGGACUGCCAGGUAGCUUCCAGGCAGUGAGAGCCCUGAUGAUUGUGGGGAUCGUGCUGGGGGUUAUUGGCGCACUGAUUUCCAUAUUUGCACUCAAGUGUAUCCGAAUGGGCAACAUGGAGGACGCAAUGAAGGCUAACAUGACCCUAACAUCUGGGAUCUUGUUCGUUGUGGGAGGUGUUUGUGGCAUUGCUGGCGUGUCCGUCUUCGCAAACCUGAUUGUGACCAACUUCAUGUUCACGACUACAACUGCUACCAUGCAAGGGUCUCUCCAGCCAAGGUACACCUUUGGCUCCGCCCUCUUCAUGGGCUGGGUGGGAGGAGCAGUGCUGGUAGUGGGUGGGAUCAUGAUGUGUGUGGCCUGCAAAGGAAUGGCACCUGAGAAGACUCACUACAACGCAGUAGCCUACAAAGCGUCUAGACCCAACACCAUCUACAAGUCUGGAGAUGAGAGGUCCAGGCGGGGAUUUGAUGAUGACUACAAGAAAAGCACAACUCGCAGCGACGAUGGCAGGCAAACACAGCCUUCUAGAUUUGACUACGUGUAACACCGGUCUGCAACUAGGGAGGCUAUCACUGAAAUACAAACCGCAAACUGUCAUAGAACAGGGGAUCAAAGAUGGGUCUAUGCAGCUUUCAUUGACAACCAGUUUAGCCAGGUUAUAACAGAUUAGGAAUUUGACAAACAUCAUAGGAUUACGUCCAGGUCAUAAAUUAUAGUAAAAUGCAUAUUAAAGUGAAUUCUCAGGACAUUGGUAAUCCUUAUUAUUAAAUGUAUUUGUUGAAUAUUUGUGAGCCUGUUUGCAAACAUUAUGCUUUGAUUAAGGAUUGCCCCAGUGGCUCUAAUUUUCUACUCCCCUUUAUGGUGUAAUAAAUUACCUUUGAGUAGAACCAGCAGAUUUAUAGUACCACAUUAUGUAUUGAAUGCACAGAGUCCAGGUGCAUAAUUAGCAGGCUCCUUUCAUUUUUUUAAAAUUAAAAAUCUAUAACUUAAAAAUUACAUCAUAGCACUGUUAAAGGCAUUAGCUGAAGUUGUCUACUUAUUGUUUUAACGCAGCUUUAAAUGACAAAAUCCCAGUAGAAUUUAACCUUAAAGGAAAGUGGAACAUGUGAAUAUAUUCCCUAUCCCCAGUUCUGAUUUACAGUGCUGCGCUUGCAUUUUAUUCUUUUACUUAUUGUUAUUUCUUGUUUUUUAUAGUUACUGUAUAAACUUUAAAUAGACUGAUCACAGUUUUUUGACCCAUACUGUGGUUUUUAUCAAGUUCAAAUCCCCCCUACCCCCCUACCCCCC